UCAUGCUGCUGCCAGGUCCAGAGUCUCUCAUGGGUCCCUGUACGGCCUCCCAUUGCUGCUGUCUCCAUCGCCACACUCUGCCAUGUGCCACUUUCAGGUCUCCUCACACUGCUGGUGUGUUCCAUUUUUUGUCAUAGGGUGCUGGCAGAUUACUGGCCUCCCAUAGCUGCUGCCAGGCCCCUAAUCUGCCAUGGGCCCCUAUACCCGCCUCCUCAUGCUGCUGCCAAGUCCAGAGUCUGUCAUGGGUCCCUGUACGGCCUCCCAUUGCUGCUGUCUCCAUCGCCACACUCUGCCAUGUGCCACUUUCAGGUCUCCUCACACUGCUGGUGUGUUGAAUUUUUUGAC